CUGUGUAGCUUUCGACGCUUCCGCUCUUUUUGCACUUGUGGCUUUCGAGAUGCGUACCACGACUCUUGCCGCUACCUUGCUUGGCGCUGCCAGUGCUGUUCCCGGGCUUCUCGGCGGCGUUACGGGGCUUGUUGGUGGGCUUACUGGCGCACUCCAAGGCACCCUGGACAAAAUCGACGACCAGCUAAACGAUGUUGGUGUCGUAGGCGCUGUCCUGCUGGCCGAGCUGGGCCAGAUCAAACCGACUGCAACGCCAUCCUCCAUCAAGGAAGUCGCGUCCAUCGUCAAGAAGGUUGGUGGUGCUAAGCCAACCGCACUUCUGCAGAGUGCAGUCGAGCUUGUCCUCAACGGGCUGGGCCCAACCAGUUUGGAAGGGGUAAUCCAGCAGUACUCGGCCGGCUCCAACAGCGAGAACAAUGUCAACACCCGGGAGCCUGCAAAGGUUAUCUUCCCCUCUGCGGAUGCUGACGACGUGCCCUACUCCAUCACCGAGGAGAAGCUCCGUGCCGCCAUCUACAUCCCAGACACCUUCACGUACGGCAAGAAACCUCCCGUUGUUCUCGUGCCAGGGACAGCGACGAAAGGUGGGCUCUGCUACGAGCCUAACCUGGCCAAGUUACUUCCACAGGAGGACUAUGCCGACCCUGUCUGGCUCAACAUUCCGGGAUGGCUCCUGGAGGAAGUCCCGUGGAACGCCGAGUUCGUGGCUUAUGCCAUCAACUACAUUUCCGGCAUCACAUCGCAGAACGUGUCUGUCAUUGCCCUUUCCCAAGGCAACCUCGACACUCAGUGGGCCUUCACAUACUGGCCGUCAACACGCCAUGUGGUCAGCGACUACAUCGCUGUUUCGCCCGACUAUCACGGUAGCGUGCUUCUGAACGUGUUGUGCCCUAAACUGGGUCUCUUGUCGUGCCCUCCCGCCGUCUCCCAGCAGCUGUACAACGCCAAGUUCAUCGAGGCUUUCCGCCGCGUCGGUGGCGCCUCCGCCUACGUGCCGACCACCACUGUCUAUAGUGCCACUGACGACGUCGUCCAACCCCAAUCCGGCGCGAAUGCCUCUGCAUACCUGCAGGACGAACGCGGUGUCGGUGUUCUCAACGUGGAGCUGCAGAAGGUUUGCCCGCUUGCUUCUCCCGCACUUGUCGGCACACAUGAGAGCUCUCUCUGGGGUGCACCCCUCCAGGCCCUCAUCAAGGACGCUCUGACGCAUGACGGACCCGCUGAUAUUUCACGCAUUCCGGACUGGAAUGCGGAGUGCUCAAAGAUCGCUGCUGACGGUCUCAACUUGGAGGAUGUCAUUGGGACCACAUUUGCCGUACCUGUUGCCUUCGCCGCCAUGUUUCUCUAUCCCAAGCGGGUGACCACUGAGCCUGCCCUGCCCUCAUACGUCCAAUAGUCGCGUCGCGCGGACAUGCACUUUACGUUGUUUCACUGACUGGUACAACAUAUCAAGCCCCAACGGGGCCUCAGUAUUGGUUAUCUUACUCUUCACCACGAACACACUUCAUUUAACCUUUCACCUACUCUGCGAGGUCAUUUCUGUAGGGCGCUCAAGGCUUUAUCUGUCAAGCACUACAUGCUGUUUAUCGGUAGAGCGCACAUGAGGGAAAGCAUUUGGCCGUCUCGCGAAUAAUAUGGG